GAAAAUCUGUCAGAGCCAAAAUAAAAUAUCCAUUCAUUGACCCCCUUCCCUCUUCAUCAAAUCUCUUCCACUCUACUUUCAACCACACAAAAUCUCCAUUCCUAAUAACUGCUUUCUUCUCCGUCUCUCUGGAGUAGUGUAGAUACUUUACACCAUUUGUGUCUGCAUAUAGGUUUUGCUAAGGUUGCAAAACAUGAAUGACUACGAUUUCAUGAUCCGUAGCACCAUCAAAUCAGUUGUAGCCAUAGUCCUCUUCAUGGCGCUAUUGACCAUGAGUAGUAGCACUACUACUUCUGCAGUAUCUCAUGAUGUUCUCGAGUUUAUUCCAAUGAAGAAUUCAAUGGAGUUUCAAGUAUUGGACGUUGUUAGAGCUCACGAUGAAGCACGAAGACGGAGGCUGGAGCCCUACCAACUAUGCUUGGUUUGCAAGUGCUGCGCCGGCACAACAUGCUCCACCAUGCCUUGCUGUUUCGGCAUAGACUGCCAGCUUCCCGGGAAGCCCUUUGGGGUUUGCGCCUUUGUUCCAAAGAUCUGCAACUGUACCAACUGUACAAGUAGUAGUAGUACUCCUUGAAGUCAUGUCACGUCUGGUCGUCUGUUAGAUCCAUCUUCCUCUUCGAUUUCGAUCUUGGAGAAGGUGAAAGGAAGACGAAGAAGACUAACAGAAUUUGAAAACUAUUGGGUAGAGCCGAUCGAGCUGGUGGGCUUUAGCUAGAAUACAAAUGAUGACAACCUUGCAGUGUCAGAGAUUAGUAGUAGUACCAUAGAGAAAAUAUUCGAUGUUUUACAAAUCUUUUGGGGCGUCCUUCGUCUUGUAUAAAAGUAUUGUUCACAUCACGUGGGAUACUGUAUAUUGCUGGAAAUUAUGUACAUGCAACCUCACUAUAUCAUACUAGUUGAUCUUGAAUAAUGUUGGUUGUUCAACAGAUCAAAUGAAGUUAUUGAUUUAAUUAA